AAUCUAAUGCAUUCUUCAAGGGAGUCUCUGCUUCUUCACUCUCAGAUCAGCCCUGAAGGUGGCCACUGUAAGCAGGUGGCUGGAAAUAGUUGUGGUGACUGGUCCCUGUGGAAAGUCUUCCUGGCUAGUCUAUUAGCCUCUGUGCUAACAACAGUGAUUGGGGUACUCACACUGAGCCUGGUGAAUAGAAACAAUUCCCCCAUUGUUAUUCACUUACUCUCCAACACUGAAGCACCUAUAGUUACUCCUGGAACAACCUCUACUACUUCUCAAAACAGAGUGGCCACUUCCACAGGGUCUACAACUGCCAUGACAUCCCCUGAAACAACAGCCAUAACAGCCACAACAGCCACCACAACUUCUACUGAGCCAGCAAGGACAUCCACUUCAACCCAGCCAACAACCUCUGCAGCAUCCACUGAAAUGAGUGCCACAAUGGCCACGGCCAUGACUUCAACUCCACCUAUAACCACAACAGCCACCCCCAUGACUUCAUCUGGAUCCAUGAGUACAGCUGCCUCAACCCAGCCCACAACCUCUGGAGCCCCCACUGAAACGUCAGCCACAACCAUGGAUUCAACUCAACAUUUAACCACAUUAUCUACAGCUUCAAGUGAAACCACAUCCACCACCAGUGUUACAGAAACCAAUGUAUAACCCAGCACAGAAGAGGUCGUGUACACCACUGCUGCACUUGGAACUCCAUCUGGAGCUCCUUACUCACAAUUGCAACAGUUGCUUGAACCAAGAUGCCACCACCUUAAUAAGCCCUCUAACAGCGGAAGCUUCAAUAGCACUAGGUGUUACUACAAGUAGACACAGCGGACAAUCAAAACAAUCAUGGCUUUCCCCAUCAUUUUAAUGGAAACUUUGUUCAACUGAAUUGACAACUACUACUAUAGUACUUCCAUUUAACCUACAAUGGUAACUUCUGCUUAUUCUACAAUAACAGUGCUCUUUACUCUCCUUCACUAAGUUAUAAUCGCCAUCUAGUCAUGGGAGCCUGCAACAAACACCACUUUAGACUUAACAGAAUUACUGUCAGUCAUAAAAAUAGCUUCUUGUACAUCAAGUACACUUUUAGUUAUCAUUAAUAUCAAUCACCCUACAGUUACUUUCACACUGACUUUUCUCCAAACAUAAAUUGUAGUUAUCUCUUCCAUACCAGCUGAACUCAAUAUGUCUCAAGCAUGCCCACAACAAGGAUGCAACUUGAAGAAUAGUAAUUUGGACCACUAUGAAUGCAAUAAUUAUCCCAAUUUUCACAAAACCAACAUAGAAUUUCUAAAAGUGCCAAAAUUUUUAAUAUGACUGAACUUUUCGGUUAUAAGAAUCAGAACUUGAUUCUGUAGCUCCAAUAGAAUAAUUCUGUAUGGGAAAAUGAUACAACUGGUUCACUUAGGAGCUCAUUACGAAGCUUCAUCUAAAAUUUAACAAAGUCAGGCAUUUAGAUUUUAGUAUGUUUUGCGUAUGCUCAUAACACUGCAUUUCCCUGUGCAUAAAUUGUCUGCAUAAAAUAGA